ACGGUCGCCUCCCGCUCGCUCAGACGCCCCUCUGCACCCGGCGCGGAGAAUUGCCCGUCGAAAAGCAACCUGGCGACAAGUGGAGGACCCUUAAUCUGGUUGGACGUGUGUUUCGCCUGUGCCGCGCAGUCUGCAUGAACGACUUCCCAGCCCUUAGGCGUUGCAUCGUAUAGCGCGCGACACCAUCGCCAUGGACCCGUCCUCGUCCGCAUCGCGCCCGUCUGGCAUCCCCAGGCCGGCACCGGCCUCGAGGUUACCAGUACUCAGGCCUUCCAACAGCCAUUCCCAGCUACGCGCACCCGCGUCGACGGAACAAUUACGCAAGAAGCCGUCUCUCUCGUCCAUCUCGCGCCCAACCACAUCGACACUACAGAAGAAGUCAUCGAGGGCAUCGCUCGCCUACUCCAGCAACCCCCUGACAUCAUCGGCUUCUCCUGCACCUGCGCCUGCCAACUCGGGCUCCAACCGGACAUCCGUCGCUUCCUCCUCCACUUCUUCCCGCCGAGUGAGUGGAAUCCCUAGCUUUGGCUCACGACGAACCUCGACUAUCGCCCCACCUACCAACGACGCGCCCGUCUUCAAGCGGCCAUUCGCCCGUCCACCAUCGCGUCAGACGAAUGCUUCGCGGCCCGUCUCCUCGUCAAAUACUCCCAAGGAAGAUGAUACACUGGGGAGCCUGGAAGGCUUUAGGUCAGCCUCGAGGGCUUCCUCGCGUGCCAGUUCGAGGGCAGGGUUCCGAGACAAUGAGCACUCGCCCGAACUUGUUGAGACGGCCAUCGAUGAUGGGCUCAUCAGUCCCGUGAAGCCUGAGAAGAGGAAGAGCCGGCCGUCGCUCUCGGAAAGGACGAUAGAGAGUCUGUCUAACCUGCCAUCGUCGCCAGCACCGGGAAAAGGAAGACGCCGCUCAAGCUUCUUCAAUGCCGACAAUACCAUGGCUCCGCCGGUUCGACCGGCUUCUGCCAUGUCCAACAGCAAUGGCAGCAGGCCAUCCACCAGUGAUGGUGCCCCGCAUCCAAUACCCGCUACACCGAAGCGAUUCGGUGCGCCCUCAAACAGACUGUCCAUGACUGCACCUGGAAAGAGAAGCGUUAGUGCGCAGGUCAGCACACCUGUCGCGACCCCCAGCAAGCGUUCCUCGAUCCUACAGCCGGUGUCGACCGUCAAGAAACAGCCAUUGGCUCCAGCGCAGAACUUGCAGAACACGCCUAAACCACGCCCGUUGACGAACAGCAAGAGUCUCACUAUGCGAACACCCAAACCUCGGCCAUCUCUGAACAAUGUCUUCGGUCAAGCGAUAUCGCCUCCCGGAACCGCUACAUCCUCGCCUGCCCGAGACACCCCUGUGAAGAAGACACCCGAUACCGUCCGAAGAAUGCCGAGCUCUUCCACAGCCCUUCGUGACCAGAUUGCGAAAGCGAGAGCCGCGAAGAAGCAAGAUGUUGAAGAAACACCAGCCGAAGCAGCCCCCAAACCAGCAAGCUCUUCUAAUGCUCUGAGGGAACAAAUUGCAAAGGCCAGGGCAGCUGCGAAGCAGCAAAAGACCGAGCCAACUAGAAACAAUACACCGCCCACCGAUAUGAUCAUACCUGACCCCGCCGAGAUUGCGACCUUUGACUUUGGCCUCGACGACGACCCCUUCAAUCAGCGCUCCAAGGGUGGCAAGUCUGUCCUACGCAGACGCAUUGAUAGCGCUCGAUCAGACGGUCGCUUGAGUAUCGCCGCGAUGGGAUUGAAGGAAAUUCCUGACGACGUACUUUCCAUGUACAUUUACGACCCCAACGAUACCAAAGUAGCCUGGGGCGAGGUUGUAGAUCUGUCUACUAUCCUAGCUGCAGACAAUGAGCUUGAGAUACUUCCGGACAGCAUGUUCCCGGAUGUAUCAGUUGAAGACAUGAUUGAUUCAGACGAGGCAGGCCCUCAAUUUGGAGGAGUGCAGAGCAUCGAUUUUCACGGUAACAUGCUGCGAGAGCUGCCUGUAGGCCUGAGACGACUGACGCAGCUCUCAAAGUUGAAUCUGUCACGAAACAAGCUACCCAUGGAAAUGUUGGACGUUAUCGCUCAAAUCCCGACUUUGCGGGAACUGAAGCUGGCGGAGAACGAUCUCAGCGGGGAACUCUCCUCAGCGCUAUGUAACCUCACAGCAUUGGAGGUUCUUGAACUGCAGUCGAACAAGUUGACAAGUAUACCUGCAGACUUUCAGCGUCUGACGCAGUUGCGGAUACUCAAUGUGUCGGAGAACCAACUUCGAUCCAUUCCCAGCGAGGUUUUUUCUGCGACUCUCAUCGAGCUUCAAGCAUCGAAGAACCGUCUUGAGGGCGCCCUUCUCAGUCUGGACUCAGUGCCUCACCUACAGGAAUUGAACGUCGCGCAGAACUCGUUGACAUCUUUGUGCAAUGAGGACUCGAUCGAUCUGCCUGCUAUCAAGACGCUCAAUAUCUCUAUGAACCGACUGAAGUCGUUACCCGAAGUCUUUACUUGGGUUAGCGUUACCACGCUCUUGGUUGGGGAGAACAAACUUACAACUUUGCCGGAAGGCUUUACGACGCUCGAGCAGCUACGCACUGCAGACUUUACGGGCAACGAUCUUACUCAACUUGACGAGAAGAUUGCUUUGAUGGAGAAUCUGAACCAUCUUACAGUCGCAGCGAACCCAUUGCGCGAUCGCAAAUUCCUGACUAUGGGCACCGACGAGAUAAAGCGCGAUCUGGCAUCGCGACUGCCUGCUACUGAGCUUCCACCUGAUGCGGAUGAGGACUUCGAGAACGGUGUCACUGAAGAGGCCCAGCCAAAAUGGCAGCUCACACCGUCGGGUACAGCAGACCUCGCAGACAAAGAUUUGUCUGAGUUGGAGUUGGAUGAGAUCACCCUAGAGGUCUUCACCAGCGGACUGCGACAACUACAGCUACAGCGAAACAAGUUCGACAUCAUCCCAUCUAUAACAGCGCAGUUCGAGCACCUGACAUUACUGGAUCUGUCCAGGAACAGCAUUGAAGUUCCUCUCUCAGCACCCAUCGAACUCCCUCAGCUUCGCGAUCUCCGUCUUGCCAGCAACAAGAUCAACUCUUUGACGCACCUCACAACCUAUCUCACAGCGCCUAUGCUCGUUACGCUUGACGUAUCAAUCAACCGUCUCGCUGGUGCCCUUCCGACGCUUCACGUAAGCUUUCCCUCACUCACGACCCUCCUUGCUUCCGACAACAAGAUCUCCGAAGUGUCUGCCGAAAGCUUGCAGAAUCUCAGGAUCGUAAACCUAGACAACAACGAUAUCGAGCGUCUAGAACCUCGUAUCGGAAUGCUACAAGGCACGUUGACAGGCUUUGCGGUGGAAGGAAACAAAUUCAGGGUACCUAAUCGCCAGGUCCUUCAAAAGGGCACGGAUGCCGUAUUGACCUGGCUCCGAGAUAAGAUCCCGAGGGAGAGUUGGAAGAGUGCGGACAGUGCCUCGACUGAGUUCUUCGAUGCAGACGACGGGAGCUUUUGAUUCUUCAUUGUUACACUCUAGGGCUGUGGUAUGGGUAUUCUUUUCGUGUCGUGUCUUGUUAGUAUGGGGUUGUUCUAGAGUGCACUGGUAUAGGUUGACUUGUUUGGAUACACUGUAGCGUUUUAUAAUCUCUUCGUGUACAUAAUGUGCUCGAUACAAAAGGGUACUCUAGGGGUUUCUCGGUUGUUAGUUAUGGUUCGUUCCGAAGCAAAUGCAGCAAAAUAUUUCUCAGGACGAUGGUCUCAACAUUAAAUCU